AUGCCGGCGCUGGCAAGAAAAUACACCGCGCAGAGCUCCUAUCCGGCGCUCGUGAAGGAAGCUUCCAAAACUGAUCUUCUAGAAGAGGAAAGUGGUGUUGACCAUAGGGCCGAGGUCAGGCGACUAAGGAGCAGGAUUCAAGAAUUGGAGCAGAUUAUGAGGCAGAAGGAGUACGACUGGCGAGACGAAGUGGAAGACCUCAGAGACCGUCAACUUCUGGAAUACCGCGGUUGGCAGAAGGACCUACGACAAGUGGAGAAGAGUUUGGAAAUUGAAGUUGCCGAGCGGCAGAGGCAGCAACGAGAGCUGGAUUCAAAGUAUGCGGGGUUGGAAGACAAGUUGAAGCUGGUUGAAGCGGAAAGCAAGGCUAAGGACCGCAUGAUAGCCAAGAUGACCAAGACCCACAAGGAUAAAAUCGCCGAGCUUGAUAAGAAGUUGGAAUCGCAAAGGUUGGAGAUUGGCGCUGCUUUUGAAUCGAAAGUGAGUCUGGAAGCCAAAAUGCAGGUGUUGCAAAGUCAAGUAGACAAUCUACAACUCCGCAACGAGGACUUGCUACUGAAGAAUGAGAGCUUACAGCGUGAAAAUGAGAAUUUGAAGAAACAACAAAUGGAGCUGGAUCAAUCAAAGAGACAAGAGCUGGCAGAUGUUGCCGAUAGCAUUGUGGCAAAGCAGGGAAACACAAAGCUGCAGCACGACGAUCAUUUCAACACGGAUCAUACGCCCACGACACCGAUAAGAAGAGGAAAAACAGUAUACAAAACGGGUGGCGGCGAUGAUAAUCCCCAGCUCGCACCUGUGGGAGAAACCCUUGGAGGCGAUACGGCGUUUGCACUAAGCGACCCCUUCAUAGAUCGCCGGUUUGCACCUAAUCUCGUCUUGUCUCCAGUGACACCAAAGACCCCUGCAAGCUCAACAAACGACUUUGGUCAUUUAUGGCGGCACGUCGGUGAAGGUAUUGACAGUAACGGUCUGACUGCCCUCUUGGUGCGAGAUUCCCGCAACCUUGACGUUGUCACUGAAUAA